UAUUUAAUAUAGCAAACGGUAACAUGCCGUCAAUUAUUGUGGACCAAGCACGUUUAAUUCUGUUUUUGAAUAUGUUUUUGCUAAUAGAAGCACAAAAACAAUAUUUUUUAGACGACCGUGUCCGUAACGAUCAACAUAACUGUGGAUACAAUCAUACAUUGAGAGGAUAUUUAUCUUUACUUAAACCUAAUGUACUUGACAUUAUGCAUGAAGUAAGAAGUGGACUUGGAUCUCGCGAUUAUUAUGAAAUGUAUUCUACUUUUAUUGACAAAUUUGGACCACGUCCAUCAGGAAGUGAAACACUCGAAAAGGCAAUUGACUAUAUGAAGGAUCUCACAAACAAGAACGGAGUAUAUGAUGUUCACACAGAGGAUGUCAUGGUUCCUGAAUGGAAACGUGGGCUUGAAUCCCUUAAAAUGCUAAGACCACGACUAAAGCAACUGUCCAUUCUUGGUAUUGGACUCAGCGUUCCAACGGAUGGAAAAAUAACAGCAGAAGUUAUUGUGGUGUCUAGUUUCGAAGAAUUGGAAAGUAUCGAUAAUGCCAUAAUUAAAGGCAAAAUCAUUCUUUUUAAUACUAAUUUUACUACUUAUGAAAAUACUAUUCAGUACAGAAGAAAUAGUGCCGUCAAAGCUGCUAGAAAGGGUGCUGUAGCAGUUUUAGUUCGAAGUAUUACUCCGAUUUCCUUAUAUACAACUCAUACUGGAGAUUUAGUUUAUGAACCCCACGUUAAAAAAAUACCAGCUGCAGCAAUUACAAUAGAAGAUGCUGAUUUUUUACAGCGAAUUCAUAACCGUGGGGAAGUUAUUGUUAUAGAAAUACAAAUGUCAAAUGAACUGAAAGCAAAUAUAUCUAGAAAUUUAAUUAUUGAUGUAAAAGGCUAUGAUAUUCCGAAUAAAAUGGUUAUAGUUUCUGGACAUAUAGAUAGUUGGGAUGUCGGUCAGGGUGCUAUUGACGAUGGGGGCGGUAUGAUGAUUAGUUGGUUUGUGCCUGUUGUUUUAAAUUACCUAAAAUUAAAACCAAGAAGAACUCUGAGGGCAAUACUAUGGACGUCUGAAGAAGUAGGCCUUAAUGGUGCGAAGGCCUACUUGGAAAGACACAGUGAUGAAUUGGAUAACAUAGAUUUUAUAAUGGAAUCUGAUGAAGGAACAUUCAAACCUUUGGGUUUGGAAGUAGCUGGAUCUAAAAACGUUACAUGCUUAAUUAAUGAAAUUUUACAAUUAUUUAAACCAUGGGAUUUAAAUAGGCUGAAAGUAGCCAAUUCCACAGGAUCAGAUAUUUCAAUUUUUAUUGAUAAGGGCAUUCCUGGAGCCUCUCUUUUAAAUAAGGAUGAUCGUUAUUUCUGGUAUCAUCAUUCAAAUGCUGAUACCUUAACUGCCCAAAAUAAGUCCGAUGUUCUAGACUGCGCUGCGUUUUGGGCUGCAAUAUCAUAUCUUAUUGCUGAAUUACCUGUAGAUAUUCGCAGAAGUUAAAAUUAAUUUAUUAAUCAUAAUAAAGACUGUAUGUAAGAGCUAAAGAGUAAAGAUCUUAUUUAUUUGUGGCGUAAUUUUUCAUAUGAAACAUUUUGGAAAUGAAGAUCCAUUUUUAUAUUAAAACUUAAGAAAUAUGUAUUAUUAGAUUAAUCAACGUAUUUAUAAGUGCAAUACAAGUUGAUAAGCAUUCACUAAAAUAGGUAUCUAUCCUUUUUCGUGAUCUCAUUGACUUACGAUACGAAAUAUGAUUAAGGAAUCUGAAAUAGAAGUGAAUAAUUUAAAGAUCAUUCAUUACAAAUAAAAAAAUACUGAUACUUAUGUCAAUUUAAAAAGUAUUGUUUAGUUAAGACAAAGUCCAGCACCAAAUGAAGUUAAAAUUUAAUUUAAAUGAAAAUAUUCUUUUCUACAACUUUUUUAUGCAUUGUGAGCGGCAGCUGCGACUGCUCAAGGUAAUGAUAAUUAAUUAAUAGUUAGAAUUUUAUUCCCUCUAGAUUAUAAAUAAGUUUUUGUAAACCUUAGUUAAUUUUAAUUUAUGUACCAACAAUUUAUAAAAAAAAUAAGUUACAAUAACUUUUGACUUUACGAAUUAGAUAAGAUUGUCUUCUCUCUCUUUUAAGAAGAUAUUGUGACUCGUUAAUUAUAUUAAAACAGUUUUAUUGAGAGCUUUCGUGCAAGAAUACAAUCAAUGUAAUAGCUUCGUGCGUAAUUUAGACAUACCUAACGUGUUCAAACCUCAUUCGGCUCCUAUGGGGAGGCACUCUACUUUAUCUAAUUUUGUUUAUAAUAUUGUUAAUAAAUAUAAUUGUGCUUUUA